AUGUCGCAGCACAGUAGUCCUCAGGCUACUUCCAGCUCUCUUCCAGAUCUUGCUCCUGGCAAGGAUUUGAGCUUGUCUACUUCGUAUUCGGUGAUCGAUCCCACCGAGAGCAAUGUGCUUCAGAAACCAGACAGCGAAGCUUCUUCUGGCGAUGGUGGCAAGGACAAAUCAGAAAACACUACUCUGUCUUUUGGUGAAAUUGACAGGCCCAGUGAGUCUAAUUUCACCGAUGUUGGUGAUCAAAUUCUGGAUACCAAAGAUGGAGACUCAGACGAAAUUUCCGCCAAUGAUGAUGGUGAUGAUGAUGGUGAUGAUGAUGGUGAUGAUGAUGGUGAUGAUGAUGGAAAUGAUGAUAGUAAGAGCGAAUUAAAAGAAGAAAAAGUAGAAAAAGCAGAAAAAGCAGAAAAACUGGAAAAAGUAAAUGAUGAUAUUUUAAAGGACUCCAUUCAACUUGAUAGUCGAAAUACAGCUAAUACAGGUGUUGAUAAGGGAAUUGGGAAUGAAGUAGGUGAUAUCUCUCAAGAUGAAGAAAGUAAGAAAAUUGGGGACAGUUUAUUGCCAGUGUUAUCAAAAUCGAUUAUUAAUGGAAACUCGAUUGCUGAUUUGAGUAUUAUUGAUCUUCCAUCUCCCAAGAAAAGCAGUGGUUAUGAAGCAUAUUUGAAUUCAUUUAGGAAUGAUUUGAAUUUGAAUUACAAAUCUUCGUUAGAUUUGUUUUUGAAUAAGAAAUUUUUACAAAGUUUUGAGAAGAUGGAUAAUUUGGUUAGCACUAUUUUAGAAUUUGAGGAGAUAUUGAAAGAUGAGUAUGGUAAGAACGAUGAUAAUGAUAAUGAAAAUGAGAAUGAGAAUGGUGGUAAUGAUAAUAAGAUGUUUUUAAUUUUAAAUUUUUUUAAUAAUGUUGAAAUUAAAAAUUUGGUGAUAAAGAUAUUUACAUUGUAUUUCAAUUUAAUUGAUCUAUCGAUCCAAAAUAAGUUGUUUGAUAAGGAUGGUUUUAUGAAGAUAAAUUCCAAGUUUAAAAGCAAUUUUUUUUUAAUUAAAGUUGGGUUGUUUUUCUUAAAUAUUAAUAAUAUUAAUCAUUUGUCAAUUAAGGAAAAGAAGAAUGAUAAUAAGCUAUUUAAUAAGACCAAGUUGUUACAAAAUUAUUUUUUGAAAUAUAUUAAAAACGAUGGGAUUUCGGAUAUAAAUCCGCAAUUAAUCUUUUUAAUAGUUUUCAUCGAGAAUAAAUUUGAAAUAUUUGAUUUAAAUUCAUUGAAGAUUCAAAUUGAGUCAUAUUUACUAUUAAUUGAUUUUAAAAAAUUUAAAAUGAUUGAAUCAGAAAUUAAUAACAAUGAAAAUGAAAAUGAUAAUAAUAACAAUCAAUUAAUUGAAAAUUUAAAUGAUAAAUUUAUUGGUAUUAAUAAUCUAUUGGAGAUUUACCUUUGCAAUAUACUCGUCAAAUUAAAAUUAGUUAGUGAGAGCAAAAGAAUAAUUGAUGAUAACAUAUUGCUAAAAGACAAUUAUGAAAAAUGGUUUGAGGUAAUUCAAAAGAACAAACAAAAGUUUGAAAAUCAAGCAAAUGAGAAGAAUAAAAGCAAAGAUAGAAGAAACAGCACACAUUACAAUAGCGACAGUAAUAACAAGACUGGAAAAGAAAGAGAAAGAGAAAGAGAAAGAGAAAGAGGAACUGAAAAAGAAAAAGAAAGAGGAACUAGAAAAUUUGGUGCAAAUAAAAAUGCUAAAACCAGAGAUGCUGGCAAUUCCAGCUCAAAGGCAAGCUCCAAAUCUGGCAAAGGAAGUGGAAAACUCAGCCAGGAAGAACUUGUCAGAAAGAAAAAAGAACUAAUCUACAAAAAGUUCCAAUCAAAGCAUCCCCAUAUUGUAAUAAACGAAAAGCACCUCCCAUCGCCAAAGCCAGGCGCCAAAACCGGCAGUGUGGCCAGUGAGUUGAGAAUCGUGAGCUCGAACGACGAGAACAAUGGGAGGGUGAAGCUGAAAUGGGGCAUGUUGUUGGACAGGCUCUGCGAGUUCUUCAGAAUCAGGUCCAAGUUGGAGAUGGCAGGCUACUUGGUGUUGUUGGUGUCGGUGUAUCCUCUCUACCGUCUCGUUGGCAAGCGCGUCAAAGCAGUCAGCGUGCGCCGGCUCGUGCAGCAGCUCCUCCAGAAGCUCACCAAGUACCAUAUCAACCCUCUUCCUGUCUCUGCCAUCAAGACAGCUGAGGCCAACUACAAGCUCACCAUUAUUCAGCAGCCAAAGCAGGCAAGGGCCUCAGGAACCACCAGGCAAUUUUCUGGGAGACGAUCAAUUGAUCCCUUUCCGAUUUUAGCGGUUUCUCUAGAGCACAAUGGUGAGAAUAUCGUUGACCACUCAUUCAACUUUUUGAUCUGCACUGCUUCUAUUCAACAUGUUGAGGACUCUGACGACGAAGACGACGAAAAAAAAAGAAAAAGAAGAAGAACAAAUCUCAAAGAAAAAAAAAGGCAUAAUGUUCUAUUCGGUACUUCAGGCUCAAUUCAAAGUGAUGAAAUUGUUUGCUACAAUGCCAAAGAUUUUCCUGGCUUACAGCCCUCUCCAUCUUUAACCCAAAAACUCAAAAACUUGGGUUCAAGAAUUCGUGUUAGAAAAGUUCCUGCCGCAAAAAGAAAACUGAUCAAGGAACCCAGAACUGAUGAUGAAAAUAGUGACAAUAUCAACUCUAUCACCGCUAUCGUUAGUAUCACCUCAAACAAUACUAAUAAUGAUAACAAUGCCAACGGUAACAUCAACAACUCUAAUAAAAACAACAGUAAUACUAAUAACAACGAUAAUGACAAUCAAAACAAACUAAAAGUUCUAUCUGAUAUUUCGUCUUCUUUGAAACCAAUCGAAUUGCCUCAAAUAGUAACCUCCAACUUCCCUCCUCACUAUUCAAAUUCCCCGAUGACACCUUCAAGCCAGUUUUUAUCUCCUUAUCCUCUUCCUCAUCCAUACAUGAUAAAUCCCUAUAGCUACUUCAACCCAUUGGAAGGCGCUCCACAAUCAAUCCAAAAUAUCGAUAGCCAAGAUUUCAAUAAUCAAAAUAACCAAAAUCAAAUCAAUAAUCAAAUCAACCAAAUCAGCAUUAACUCUCCCUCUAUUAAUGGCGCUCCAAUCAACUACUCAAUUAAUGAAAACAGUAGUCCAAACUCAAAUCUACCUCAACUUUAUUUAGGUCAACUUCCAAGAUAUUACAACUAUCCAUAUCCAAUACCUGCUGCUGCUGCUGCUGCUGCUCCCCCUCCUCCUCUUCAUCUCUCAAAACAAAAACAAAAACAGCAGAAAACUGAUUCUGAUGAUAAUCCCAACUCUCCUUCAAAUUCGGUUCCUGUUGAUUCUAUCGAUGAUGAAAUUUUGAAACAAAAUCAAAGUGAUUUCACUAAACCAUUAACUAAAAAUAAGAAAAACGAUAAAAACGAUAAAAAUGAUAAAAGCGAUAAAAGCGAUAAAAACAAUAGUUCACAUAAUAACGACACUGAUGUUGACAUGAAAAGUAAUUUAAAUGCCAAUCAAAUCGAAAAUACCAAUCAAAUCGAAAUAAAAAAUGGAAAUGCAAACGGAAACAGAACUUAUAAAUCUGAAAACAAAAAAGAUGAAAAUGAUAAACACCAAUCCCAGAAGAAUCAAUCAACCUUGGGAAAUAACAGAAAAAAGAACAAAAAUGAAGAUGAAAUUAAUAUUGAAAUGGAAAUAAAUAUACAAAAUGAACUAGACAAAUUAAAUGACAUGAGAUAUGAAAACAACAACCAUAACCACAACCAUAAUUACAAUCACAAUCACAAUCAUAAUCAAAAUCAAAAUCAAAAUUACAAUAAAACCGAAAACGAAAGCUAUCGUAUUAACAGCAACGAUAUCACUAAUGGCAACGCUCAUAAUAACAGCACAUCAGACAAAGAAAACCAAAUUGAAAAUAAAGACGUGCUGCAAGAAAUGAAUAUGAAAUCCAAAAACAAAGGAAUAGAUGUUUUAUCGCUCGAUGAUGAUAUUGACGAUGAAAGAAAGCUAGAAAGCAAAAGGAUGCUUUUGGAAAUUGAAAACCAAAUCGAAAGCCAAAUCAAUAGCCGAAUCGAUAGUAAAUUGGUAGAUCACGACAAUGAUUUGGGCAACAAAACCGCAGAGAUCAAUGACGUGCUUCAAGCCUUUCAGAACAGUAAUGAUGUUCUUGAUUCUGAGGCCAAUAUUAUGCAAAUGCUUCGAGAAGCAAAUUAUUCUCACAACGAGCAUCACCACAACCACAAUGGAAAUUAA